UGCUAUCCUUGCAGCUCCAUAGACCAAGAGUGAGGAGGUGGUCUUAUUCUAUUUAAUUAGCUUGAUCAGAUUUAUAGAAAAAAAUGAAGCUCAUAAUUGUUUUCGUUGCCCUUUCUAUGAUAGCCUCACUCGGGUUAGCAUCCGAUCCUAGUCCCUUGCAGGAUUUCUGUGUCGCAGACAACUACAGCAAAGUGUUUGUGAAUGGAAAAGUUUGCAAAGACCCGAUGUUGGUGACAGCAAAGGACUUCUUCUAUGACGGACUCGACAAGCCCGGCAACACGAGCAAUCCUUUGGGUUCAAUGGUCACCCAAGUAAAUGUAAUGCAAAUUCUUGGGCUCAACACUUUGGGUAUCUCCUUGGUGCGUAUAGACUUUGCUCCUGGUGGCCAAAACCCUCCCCACACACACCCACGUGCCACGGAGAUCCUCACCGUCUUAGAAGGCACCCUCUAUGUUGGCUUCGUAACGAGCAAUCCCGAAAACCGUUUGAUUAGCAAGACACUUAACAAGGGCGAUGUGUUUGUGUUUCCUCAAGGCCUCAUUCACUUCCAGCAAAAUGUGGGGUAUGGCAAUUCUGUGGCCAUUGCAGGUUUGAGCAGCCAAAAUCCAGGGGUCAUAACCAUAGCUAAAGCUGUGUUUGGAGCCAACCCACCUAUCUCUGAUGUUGUUCUUGCAAAGGCUUUCCAAAUUGAUAAACAACUGGUUGAUAAACUCCAGGCCAGCUUCUGGAUGGAUAAUAACUAAAACAUCAAGGUCAAGGAGCCCUCAUUACACAUAUAGAUAUUGCCCAUGGGGACGAUUGUAACGAUCAUUGGGUAGCUUUCAUCUGUAUCUUUUUCUUAAUAUUUUGAUUUGUUGUGGAGCGUAGACUAUAAUAUUAUAAUAAAAUUGGUCUAUGGAAUAAAGUAUAUCACUGUGAGACAUGUUUUGUUUCACCAAAUAAUCUGUACCACAUAUGCGUUUGGAAUAAUAAAAGUCAUAGUAGUCUUAUCA